AUGUCUAACCUGCCGGUCCCUCUGAACGUCCGUGCGGAACAUCAGGUGGUCCUCGGGCGACCGACCACCAAGCCACCACCGACGCUUCCAGUCGUGAACGGCACACGAUCCUUCUGGCUUCGUAAUCCCAACCUCUUCCCUUCACUGACCCAUGGAAGUGAAGGAGCACUGACUACGGAUGCCGACAUCUGUAUCAUUGGAUCUGGAAUCACUGGCGUGUCUGCCGCGUAUCAUCUUGCGCAGUCGUUUUCUGGUGACAGGGUGCGCAAGGAGCCGGUGAAGGCCGUUGUCUUGGAUGCUCGAGAGUUCUGCUCUGGCGCAACCGGAAGAAACGGAGGGCAUCUCACCGCACACGCUUACAGAGGAUUCAGAUGGCUUCAUAAACUUUACGGUAAAGGCGAAGCCGUCCGUGGACUCGCCAUCGAACGCUACACCGCCGGUGAAGUCUUUCGCAUUCUCAAAGAGCACGACAAGAUCGAGCAAGUCGACUUCGUACCUGGAGGUCGUGUGAUCCUGCUAUUCACGUCGCAAGAGUACGAAGAAGCACGGGCCGAUUACGACGCAGCAACUGAAGCGGGGAUUGAUCUGAGCGAUGUGGAAUGGUUGAGUCCGGAAGAGGUUCAAGCUGAAUUUGGCACAUCAUAUCCCGCUGUAGUCAUCCCGGGCAACAACCUCUGGCCACUCAAACUCGUCAGUGUGCUCUACAACAUCGCCGCGAACGCCACGGACAACUUCCAACUUUUGCUACAUACGCGUACACCCGUCACGUCCAUCUCCACAUCAGAACCCUCUGCCAAACGCCACUGGACCCUUCAUACCCCGCGUGGUACAGUCUCCUGCUCCUACAUCCUGCAUGCUACGAAUGCCUACGCUGCCCAUCUCCUGCCCUGGAUGCAUGGUCCCGAUGGUAUCGUGCCCACGCGCGGGCAAGUCAUGGCCAUCCGUGCGAAUAUGCCGAAUGCACUCUACCGCAAGGGCUUCGUUGGGAACGAUGGCUUCGAGUACUGGUUCCCGCGCCAAAAGCCCAAUCUCCCGCUAAGCGGUGACGAAACAGAGACAGAGGAGACAAAUGAGAAGGGCCAGCUGAUCAUCCUCGGCGGCGGCCGUGAAGCUACCCAGAACGGCGGCUACGAGUUUCAUGAGAUCGACGAUUCGGUCGUCAACCCGGAAGUCAGCACUGUUCUCCGUCGUUUCUUGCCUGCAGUCUUUCCCGACAAGUUUGACGAAGGCAAUCAAGUUGAGAUGGAAUGGACUGGCAUCAUGGGAUACACUAAGUCGCAUGAGCCAUUUGUGUGGUCCUCACGCUGACCUCCAAUUCUUUCCAUGCUCACUUCAUCAUAGGUCGGCCCCGUAAUCGACCCGCACGACCCCGGAUCCCGCACAAAACACAAGGGGCAAUAUAUCUCUGCGGGGUAUACCGGACAUGGCAUGCCCCGAGCGUUCGCUUGCGCAGAGGCUGUCGCGGGGAUGAUCAAGGCAGACAUGGUUGGAGGGAAGUGGACGCCGCCAGAGUGGUUCCCUUUGCAUUACCUAACGACGCAGGAUGUGUAACUCAUACGUAUUUACGGGCACCGCGCUCAUUGCGAGCGAUCGCGCGUAUUUGAAGAACAGUAAGUAAUUGAGAUCUUCAAUUGAGCGCCUUUGCGCCCGUGUCGCUGCCACAAGUUUGUUCCUCGUUUCAAUUACGAG